AUGCUCCUCCUACAAGUUCCACCUCGAUUACUUUCUGUAUAUAGUCUGCUUGUUACCACGCUCCUCGGUAUCACAGUAGUUGCAGUUCCCCUGAUAGCUCCUGCUCCAGAUAUCGAACGGCGAGGAACCUAUCCACAACGGCCAAUUAUCGUGCUGGCAGCCAAAAUCAUGGACAAAGAUGACUCGGACUACGUUCGAAUCAAUGAGAGAUCCCUCACAGCAAAACUAUGGCUCACCCUUUUCGUUGGUGCGCACAGAGGCUACGAGGUCGUACGCGGCUCCAAUCCUUUGAAAAUCACAUCAAAUAUCGCGAGUCCGCGGAAGAGCAGUUCCGGCAGUAAUUCGCGCAAGCCCAAAAUCGAUCGAAGUCGCUUGUUAACGUUGGGGAAAGAUUCCGCUUCUUCACUGGAGGGAACCCUUAACGAUGACCAUCUUCUUCGAGAGAUAGUCUGGAGAACUAUAGGAGAUGCUCAGGAACUCAUACAGGCUAUCAAAAAGCUGAAACCCGAGUCUACCGUGCUCGAGAUUACCGAUGAUUUGAGCCAUAUUGCUGCUACCUUCGAAUAUCUGACGUUGGUCAAGAACAAUGGUGUUGACCCAGUAUUGGACGCGGACGAUCUGAAGAAAGGGCAGGCAAUACUUCGAAAGAUGAGGGCUUUGAGGUCUGGGGAGAAGUCGCGUUGA